UGAGAGAAUCUGUGAAGGAAGCCAUGGUUGGUUUAAUGAGAGCUCUGUUGGUUAUUUUCAUGGCGGCGGGGGCGGCGUUGCAGCCGGCUUCAGCAGAUGAUUAUAACGUCGGCGACUCUCAGGGAUGGACAACUGGUGUGGAUUACACCACCUGGGUUUCCGACAAGACCUUCAAGGUCGGAGAUAAAUUAGUGUUCAAAUACGGUGGGCUCCAUAGCGCCGACGAGGUGAGCAAAUCCGAUUACGACUCCUGCACCAGCGGUAACGCCAUCCAGUCUCACUCCGACGGCAGUACUACAAUCAAACUCACCGAAGCCGGCACCCGUUACUUCAUCUGCGGCACUCCCGGUCACUGCGACGGCGGUAUGAAGCUCGCCGUCACCACCGUCGCCGCCUCUAGUCCCGGCAGCCCUUCGACCGGCGGUUCGGGUUCCGGUACUUCGCCGACUUCCGGCGGUUCUUCGAACUCGCCCCCUUCCACCACUGGCUCUCCGUCGCCGCCGGGAGCUUCCGGCGGGAAAAACGCUGCCGGUGUCGGCGGAUUCCGGGGAGGCGAUUUGGGGGUUCUUGUUGGGCUUAUUGGGCUUGGACUUGCGGUGAUGGGCUAGGAUAGAGGCAGUGCGUUUUGUUUAAUGGGCUUCUUGGUGAGAUUGUUAGUUUUGUGUUGCUAUGUAGCUCUCAUGAAUUUGGACAUGAAGGAGACUUCUGCUUUCAAUUGUGAUUUUGGAUGUUUUGUAAUAUUUUUUUAAUAUUGAAUGUUGGG